AUGCCUGAACUGUUUUCCAUGACUAGACUGGCUGCAGUAGAUUGUAUGAAUGAAUUAGUUGUUGAUCCGGUCGUUGAAUCUCCUGCAUGUAAUGAUGGAAAUAUUAUUGCUGUCGCAUUUGGUGUUUUUGAUGUUAAUUUCACCGGUGAUGAAAAUAUCACUGAUGUUAAUGUCACUGGUGAUGAAGAUUCCUCUGAUGUUAAUGUUUCUGCUGGUGGUGUCUCUGGUGGUGAUGAUACCACUAAUGUUGUCUUGGAUGGCGAUGGUGCUAUUGAUGUAUGCGUCACUGUUGGUGGUGAUGCCACUGAUACAUAUGUCGCUGCUGGCGGUGAUGAUACUUUACUACAAUAG